AUGAGGUUAAUAGUAACUUGUGACGACUCGGGGUCAGCCCAAGGAGGUGAUUUUGUACUCCAGGAACAGAUACCUCGAAACAGGACAAGCCCCAGCCCCAUUUCCAUAACUCAGGUGUUUGUUGAACCAAAGGCAUCUCCAGCAUCGAGAAUCCUCUAUUCCACACUUUACAAAGAAAGAUAUGCCAUCUGUUGUCGUUUGGAUGCUUCAGUCUCCGUUUAUGACUUGGAAGAUGACGAAAAGAAGCUUGUGUGUCAUAGGGAGUAUGUUGAACUCAAAGGGUGUAAGCCUGUUUCUUUGCAUGUAUUUUCCGAAUUCGAUGCUUUGGUUAUGGGUUUAGAUUCUGGCAAAGCUGCGUUGGUUGGUUUCCAUAAGAAUACCUUGGAGAAGGAGUGCCAGAUUGUGGAUCUUCCAGGGGGAAAACCAAUUGAGGCGUUCGAAGCUUGUCCUUCUCAACCUGGUGUCUUUGCCUAUGGAGGAAAGGAAAACGAUUUACGCAUAGUGAAAAUGUUUGAAGUCGGCAAGAAAGUUAAGCUUCUUGAAUCUGUUGAGGUACUUUUCGCAGCCAAGAACGUCAAAAACGACCAUUUGGACUUGCGUGUUCCUAUUUGGAUCACUAAAAUACGAUUCAUUUCGCUGAAAAAUUCGUACAAAUUGAUAACCGCAACCAGAUACGGUCAAUUGCGCAUCUACGACACGAACCACGGCAGAAAGCCUGCUCAUGACUACCAAGUAUGCACCAACCCAAUUAUAACCUUAAAUUUUGCCGGCUCCAACUCCGAUGAGGUGAUCAUAACUGAUAACAGAAAUAUGGUCGCUAGACACUCAUUGGUAUCAAUUGACAAAAAAGCAUUCAAAACCAAUUCCGCUACUGUUGGAGACAUAAUUAAGCCCGUACCGAGACUCUUGGGAAAAUAUCAAGAAGGCGGCAACACAGGUGCCAUUUUUGGUGUUCUGUGCUUCAAAGAUACCUUUGUCGCGACCGGUGGUCUUGAUCGGUACUUGAGGGUAUAUGACCUCGAAACUAGAGAAAUGGUUUCCAAAGUGUACAUGGGGUCGCAGAUAGCAGAUAUUUUGUUUUUAGAAGGGGAGGAAGAAGAAGAAUCAGAGGAAGAGGUUGAUGAGGAAGAAGAGAACAAUGCAUUGUGGGACGAAUUGGAAUCCAAUCGUCCGGCGAAAAAGCAAAAGCAAACGUGA